GACAACACAAUCAUACAAACAAAUCAGAUAUCUCAGAACAGGCUGUAAAAAUCUCCUCCCCUAAGAUAACAUAUAAAUAACGGUGUACAGCUGCACAGAUUAAACAGGUAAAGUUCUACUUCACCAUUUCUGUUCCCUUCAAAAUUAAAUAGCUUAAUAAUAUCAAAAUGGAGGCUUUCUUCGGCAGUUGGAAACUUAUCCAAAAUGAGGACUACGAUAAGUUCCUGAGAGCAACCGGUGCUGAUGAAGAAGUGAUUUCUAUUUCAAAUGUACUUAGGCCAGUUGUCACAAUUUCCAGAGAUGACGACGUUGUGGUCGUUAAACUACAAAGUGCCAUUGGUACUGAAGAGUUCUCAUUCAGAUUGGGUAAACAGUUCUACCACCAGAAAAGGGAUGGCAGAUACUGCAAUGUUGUUAUAGAUCUGGAAGAAAACCAACUUAUACAGGUGGAGAAGUGGGACGGUAAUGAAGCUACAUCUAUCGCCGAGGUCAAGGAUGGGAAACUGAUCAAGUCAGUAAAAUUUAAGGACGUCACAGCAGUGCAAACCUUUACGAAGGUCUAAAAGUUGGACGACCUCCCGUCUAUUCUGCUAGUAC